AUGAAGUUCCCAGUGCUGUACAUAUUCAUCGCGGUAAAUUUUAUUUCUAGCACAGGUCUAAAAAUAGAGUUGAGCAAAACAUGUUUUUACUACGGCAAGAAUGUAUUUUGUGCACAACUCCAAUGUACAGAAAACAUAAGAGAAGACACUCAGAUAUCAGCUCUUGUCAACAUGUCAGUCUAUAGGAUCAGUGAACCAAAGGGAAAGAUUUUGGUGGCGUCUAUUUCAGAAUCAGAUUCAAAGCUUCAAGAUUAUAAAAAGACAGGAACAAGAGUAGAUGGGAAAAUAUCGAAAACAUUUUCUGAAUUGGAAAUCUUUUUCUCGAAUUACUCAGAUUGUAAUGUUGGCGUUUUCCUAUGUGAAAUACAUUAUGUUAAUACAACGGGAUCUUUUGAUAGAAUCGGGAAACAGGCGGAGAUUUUACCAAGAAAAUCACGUGGCACAUUUCUAAUGAUGAACUUAAAAGCUAAAACUUCUGACUAUGUAAAAUCUGUUGACACAAUGGCCGAUUUUCUCAAAUCGUUUGAAGACCAAGACAGACUGAAAGGUGCAGACAUGACAAUGUCAUUACAGAUGUCACAUUCAGGUGGCGAUAAGUUCAUCACAGACCAAAAUUUUGAUUCAUCAGAUAACAAUUAUAAACAGAUCAGUUCCUAUGCCCUCGAUGAUAAAAUGGUGGAUGAUGUGAUAAAGAAUUUAACUCUUGAUGUAAACAAAACUUUACAGAUGUUGGAAAGUAAACUCAGUUCAAAAAUAAAGUUAAAUAAAAAUAGUUUGGCUGUUUUAAACGAAUCAAUGCAAACAAUGUUGGCCAACAAACAGAACCAGACAGAACUCAGUAUCAGAUUAAAUGCGAUGGAAACAAAUUUAAAGAAAACAAUCACACAAGAAUAUAUCAGUUCAACAUUAAAUUUGGUAGAGGGUCUCAACAAAACUUUGCAAGGAUUUAUUGACGAGUACAACGAUAACCAAUUCUAUUUAAAAUUAACAAAACAGUGUGCUAGGAGCGAUAACUCAAGUCUACCCAAACAAAACUUUGUUCAACUAAAUAAGAAUAAACUCGCCUUGUGUGAUAUCGAAACAGACGGUGGAGGAUGGAUUGUCAUACAGCAACGUGUGUCAGGUGACGUAAAUUUCACCAGAAACUGGAGCGACUACAAAACUGGUUUUGGAUUUUUGGCUGGAGAUUAUUGGCUGGGAAAUGACUGGAUCUCAAACCUCACACAAAACGGCUUCAGUGAGCUGAGGUUUGACAUGAAAUAUAAAGGUAAAUCCUAUUACGCCGUGUACAGUAAAGUGAUGGUGGGAAAUGAAGCAGAUUUGUAUAGGAUAAAAUUUACAUACAAGACAGGCAACGCUACAGACAACUUUAGUUAUCACAAUGGAAUGGCUUUUUCUACUCUAGAUAGGGAUAAUGAUAUAGAUUCAACUCGUCAUUGUGUUGAUAGUUUUAAAGGCGGCUGGUGGUAUAGCGAUUGUCAUCAAGUGAACGUAAACGGUGUAUGGGCUAGUAAAGAUAAUAGUGAAGGCAUUAACUGGUACGGUAUUACAGACUUUACAGAUUCUCUAGAGCACGUGGAGAUGAAACUACGACGGCCGUGAUUAUAA